ACAAAGUAAAUGUUCUUAUUCUUAGGUAUCGUACCUGACAUGGGGCGUCCUGCAGGAGAGGGUGAUGACGCGCUCGUACGGAUCCACGACUCCAGAAGAGGCGGGCGAGAAGUUCAAAGACUCUCAGUUCUUGGUGUUCAUGAACCGGAUCCUGGCUCUGACCGUGUCCGGGCUGUGGUGCCUGAUGUUCAAGCAGCCUCGCCACGGAGCGCCCAUGUACAAGUACUCCUUCGCCUCGCUCUCUAACAUCAUGAGCAGCUGGUGCCAGUACGAGGCCCUGAAGUACAUCAGCUUCCCCACGCAAGUCCUGGCCAAGGCCUCCAAGGUCAUUCCCGUCAUGCUCAUGGGGAAGAUCGUCUCCCACAAGAGCUACGAGUACUGGGAGUACUUCACGGCCGUGCUGAUCUCGCUGGGCGUCAGCAUGUUCCUGCUGUGGAGCACGCCCAGCAAGCAACCGUCCACCGUCACCACCUUCAGCGGGGUCGUCAUCCUCAUCGGCUACAUCGUGUUCGACAGCUUCACCUCCAACUGGCAGGACAACCUGUUCAAGUACAAGAUGUCGUCGGUGCAGAUGAUGUUCGGGGUGAACCUGUUCUCCUGCCUGUUCACCGUGGGCUCUCUGCUGGAGCAGGGGGCCUUCUUCGACUCGGUGGCCUUCAUGACGCGCCACUCGGAGUUCGCCUUUCACGCCGUGUUGCUGUCCGUGUGCUCGGCGUGCGGCCAGCUCUUCAUCUUCUACACCAUCAGCCAGUUUGGUGCCGCGGUCUUCACCAUCAUCAUGACCCUGCGACAGGCCAUCGCCAUUCUGCUCUCGUGUUUCCUCUACGGUCACGCAGUCACCAUAAUAGGUGGAUUUGGUGUUGGGGUAGUUUUCUUGGCACUUUUCUUACGGGUGUACGCACGUAGCCGCAUGAAGUCAGGCCGGAGGUUAGCGGCGCCGCUCGGACAGAAGGUGUAGCACUCCGGAGUCUCGCGAAACUGGGAACUGAGACCACGUUUUCUGUGGUGCUUUUUGGUCUAUUUGUGUGUAUCUAUUGUUUGUUUUUUAAAUGUUCUUUUCCAUGUUUUUUUCUUUUUCCUUAGCAAUGGAACAGAAAGGGAUUCUGCAGUUUUGACUCUUACACCAAGUUGACCCCCAGGGGUCCAUGUGAUUUGUCAGGUCAGCAGUCACAGAAGUUUUGAGUGCCUGUAAGAUUGUCUUAUACACGAGACCCAGACCAGGAACUUUGCAAACUGCCUCUUCACCUCUUUCUCUCUUUUUUCCAAAAACACCGUACGUGGCUUGUGCAGCCGAUUACAGGUCACUGUGACCCUGAACAUGUAUGAGCUGUCUGGCUAAGCAUUACGUUAUAAGCGGUUAUUAUGUUGGUUGAAAUCUGAAGCCUCAAUGCAGGAUGCCACUAAAUCCUCUGAAUCCUACACUCUGAUCCUUUUAAACUUUAUCCCAAGUAUUUGAACACGUAUUAUCUGUUGAGUUAUCUUUCAGUCGCAAUAGCCAGAUGCUUAUCUCACAGUCCUCCAUGUUGGAGAGCAGGGGCCUUUAUGUGUCUUAAUGAGGGAUUUUAUCUUGUAAAGCUGCAAACAGCCGGAAACAUCAUUUUAAGGUUUAUUAACAUGUUCCACAUGCUACCAGCUUUAAGAGAAGGUGUUGAACAACAGUUAACGAAGAGCGCACGACUUACAAACGGUUUCCUUUUACCCCGACAUCGCUGAACCAGAUGCUGCUGUGGGUACUUUUUUGCACAGCAUUAUUUUAAGAUUUUCUUUGCUGUUGUCUCGACACAGAUCUUACUUUAUGUUUUAACUUGGAGCUAAUAAGUCUUGUAAAUAUAUCUCUUAGUCAUCGUUUAUUUCCAACUUGUCUGUUGUGUACUUUUGUAAAAGGACUGCUUCAUGUGUUUUCACCGUUGCAUAUGAAUGUUCGGAAGAUGAUGAUGAUGAUGAUGAUGAUGAUGAUGAUGAUGAUGAUGGUCGUUUCCAUCAGAAGGAUGUGAAGAUAAUGUCAGCCCAGGAAGGAAUUUGGAAGAACAGAAAAGCUUACAAAGGAAAUGCAAUGUUACUGGUACCUUGUUUUUAUCAUUCUACUUUUCCCUCUGGUAACUGGAUUAAUAAUAAAAACAUAUUAAAUUAACUUAA